AUGUUGUGGAACCCCUCCACAAGAGAAUCAAUACUACUUCCUCAAACCAGAAUUUCCAAGGCAGAAUUUUUAUCGUUUGGGAUAUUGGGUUAUGACUCAACUAUUGGUGACUAUAAGAUCCUAAAAAUUGACAUUCGCAGUCCCAAUGAGGGAAGCAAAGUGCCUGGUGAGAUUCUCACGUUGAAAAGUGGUUCCUGGAGAAAUAUUGACAAAUUUCCUCAUGGACUUAUCACUUGGGCGUCUGGUAUUGGUUCUUCUUUGGCAUUAGUAAACAAUGCCUUUCACUGGAUCUGUGUGUCUGGAGAGUAUUAUGGAGUUUCAAGAACUUUCUGUCUGGUUUCAUUUAGUAUUUCAAAUGAAGUGUACUCAGAGAUACCGUUGCCAGAGCAAUUAUCAUGCAUAAAGGGCAAUAUCGAUAUUGGCAUUUCUGAAGUGAAAGAAAUGCUUUGUGCUUAUUGUACUUAUGUUCCUCAGCAGCAGCGCACUUUUAAGUUAUGGAUAUUGAAAAACUAUGGUGUCUAUGAAUCUUGGAAUUCGGUGCUUAGUAUAGUUGAUCAUGACCUUGUUAGAGCUAUACCGAAAUAUUGGUUUGCUGAUGGUGAUGUGCUAUUCUGGUCCUCAUAUUUGGCGGCUAAACCGAGAUGUUCAUUUAGGACAACAUCCAGGGGGGCAAUUGGACUAUGUGAUGAUAACAUUCGGAAUGGAUUUGUUUUUAUGGAAAGCUUGAUCUCUCCAAAGUCACUUAUUUAG